UUGUUAUUUUUCUAUAUAGGAGGGCAACCUGAGAUUGUAGCUGAUGGUGGAUACUCUGGAUUUUUCCCCGAUUCAAGUCAAUCCGCUUUUGACUUUGCGCUCGAUACUAGCAUCCUCGGAACUAUUCUCUAUUGCAAUCUACACUUCACAAAGGAUAACGACGCCUUUUGCGUACCACAAAUAAAUCUCCAAAACUCAACGAAUAUCGACGAACUUUUUCCUAAAGCUGCAAAGACUUACAAUGUCAACGGACGAGAUAUCAAUGGAUAUUUCGGAUUGGACUACAACGCCCAAAUAAUUUUCGAGAACGUCACAUUGAAGCAAAACAUUUUCACAAGACAAGGAGUAUUCGACGGUGCUCCGAUUGUCGGACCUUUUCAAUUGUUGGAGGAUAAAAAUGGAAAACCAACAAGACUUUGGCUCAACAUAGAGAAUGACUUGUUCUACAAGCAACACAAGAUAAGUGCAGAAAGUUAUCUCCUAGACCAAUUAAAAGAUCUACCGGAGUUCAUCUCGUCGCCAGAGAUAGGUUUCUUGACCGCCCUUCGACCAAAGUUGGGAGUAUCGAAAACAAAGCUCGUCUUCACAUUGCUCGGAGAAAACGAAGUGGAGCCCACCACAAACCAAACCUACGCCUCGCUCGCUAAAAAUCUAGCCAUGGUUAAAUCUUUCGCCUCCGGUAUUGUUGUACCGAAGGAAUACAUUUGGCCCGUGAAUAAGGCCCGUGUUUUGCAACCAGCGACUACCCUUGUGCAAGAUGCUCAUAAAGAAGGGCUCGCGGUUUACGCUUCGGGAUUUGCGAACGACAACACUUUAAGCUACAAUUAUAGCUUCGAUCCAGCUAGAGAGUACUUGCAGUUUGUUGCUAAUUCUCAAUUUUCUGUCGACGGGGUUUUGUCGGAAUUCCCUUCAACUGCCUCGGAAGCAAUCACGUGUCUAAUUAUUAAAAAUUUAUGUAUAUGUAUAUAUAAUGUAGCUUUGAUCAUAUCACAUAACGGAGCGAGCGGAGAUUACCCUGGCUCGACCGAUAUCGCGUACCAGAAAGCGAUAGAAGACGGUGCUGACAUCAUCGAUUGCUCGGUUCAAAUGUCGAGCGAUGGCAUUGCAUUCUGUUCUGACAGAGCGGACCUUAUGAAGACGACAACUGCAGCCACUCUUUUCAUGGACCGGUCCGCAAAUGUUGCGGAUAUUCAAUCUGCCGACGGAAUAUUCUCCUUCAAUCUUGCAUGGAGCGAAAUCCAAUCUCUGAGGCCCCAAAUCGAGAGUUUCUUCGAGGGAGAUCUCGUUAGAAACCCGGCAAACAAGAACAGUGGGAAUUUUGUGACUUUGUCUGACUUUUUGGAGAUUGCGAAAACAAAGGCAGUCACUGGUGUUCUCAUUCAUAUACAGAAUGCUGCAUACCUUGCAUCGAAAGGGCUAGACAUUGUGGGUUCCGUCUCGGAGGCGCUGACCAACGCCACGUUGGACAAGCAGUCGACGCAGAAAGUCCUUAUCCAAUCGGACGACAGCUCGGUGCUGUUGAAGUUCAAAGACAACCCUACUUACGAGAGAGUGCUGUACCUCCAGGAGUCGAUUAGCGGCGCGCCGAGCCAGGUGGCGCAGGACGUGAAGAAGUACGCCGACGCCGUAUUCAUCCACAGAGACGCCAUCGUCGUGGCAUCGGAUAACUUCGCCUUCAAUUUCACCGCCACGGUGCCGGCACUUCACGCCGCUAAUAUCUCCGUCUACGUUGGCGUUUUGAAGAACGAAUUCGAGAACUUGAUCUUCGACUAUUUAUCCGACCCUUAUGUGGAGAUCGCCACUUUCUACUCGCAGAGUGUCGAUGGCUUCGUCACGGAUUAUCCCGCCACCGCAAAUUUGUUCGCUAGGUCUACAUGUACUUCAGACGGAGCCGCAUACUCGGUGCAACCAAUGGAACCGGGAUUUCUUUACGAGCCAGAAAAGGUGGCUGAGCCGCCACUGCUGAGCAUUGCGGAUGUGGUGGAUCCACCACUGCCCGCCGUAGCGCAAAAUUCGACAUCUCAGUCGGCUGACGACUCGGCUUCGACAACCCAAACUCCGGCUUCAGCUCCAGGACCGAAAUCUUCGAGUACUUCAGUCACUAGUACUUCGAGCUGUAUCUUGUUUGCUGCAAUGGUGGCUCUUCUGAAUAUAUAUGCAUAGAUUGAAGAAAACGGCUGACUGAUCGAUCGGUUUUUCGAGAUGUAACACUAAUAUAUACAAGUUGUUUAUUGGAGUGGUAUAGGAUGUUUUUGGAGGCUGUUGAAAAAAAGAUUACUUACAAAUAUAUAUAUUUACACUGAUUGAUGUAUUAAUAUAUAUAUAAUUAUAUAUACUUGAAUUACCAUUUUAUGCGUAUACAUAUUGGUGAUUUUUUGGAUUAGAUUUCUGGAAAAGAAAAUUAAUU